AAAAAAAAAAGAUUGAAAUUUAGAACGAUCUCAGGAUUCGUCACUAUCCAAAGAAAAAUAAAAAAACACACGAGAAUUGAGCUCUGUCUUCUUCUUCUUUAUCCAAAUCAUUAUUUUCCUGGAAAAUUGAGCUCAAUUAUCUUUCCUUGUUUCCUUUUUUUUUUUCUCCAUCAUCGAAAAGCCUAAGCUACACGCGUCAAUUACACGCCGUAGAUUAGAUCCCAGAGUCUCUCUCUCUCUCUCGCUCGCUCGUUGUCUCUCUCUUGCAACUUAAGCAAAAGGUCCAUUAUUCAAACCAUUCUGGGAAUCCAUCCACAAGAAGAAAGUUGCUGCUGGUCAUUCAUGUGGCCUCUUUGUUUUCUGCUUAACAAGCUUUUGAGAGUUGAAGAGAGGAAUCAGGAGAGAUCACAAGGUCAUGGAGGUUCGACUUCUGCUAACUACUGCCAAUUCGAUGGUCAUCCCUUGCUGAGUAAUGGAAAGUAUACAGAUGCAGGGUUGCCAUCCUCUUCCCACUUGGAGGUCCCUCAUGUACAUCAGUUAGCUUCUUGGGAUUGUGGUCUCGCUUGUGUUCUCAUGGUUCUCAGAGCAAGUGGCAUUGCAAGUUGCACUCUUGAGGAUUUGGCUGAGAUUUGCUCCACAAAUAGCAUUUGGACUGUAGAUCUCGCAUAUCUACUCCAUAAGUUCUGUGUGGAAUUUUCCUAUUACACAAUUACAUUUGGAGCAAACCCGAAUUAUUCCAUAGAGGAAUUUUACAAGGAGCAGCUCCCUGAAGAUCUGGUGCGUGUGGAUUUGCUCUUCAGGAAAGCACAUGCAUCUGGCAUUAUUAUACAGUGCAGAUCAGUUAGUAUCCAUGAGAUUUCUUGUGUGCUAUUGUCGGGGAACUAUAUUGCCAUUGCGUUAGUCGACCAGGACAAGCUAAGCAAGUCUUGGUUGGAGGAAAUGAUUGUCGCUGGUCUUCACACUAGCACUUCCUGCUACACUGGUCACUAUAUUGUGAUAUGUGGCUAUGACGCUGUUAGGGAUGAGUUCGAGAUCAGAGAUCCCGCCAGUUCCAAGAUACAUGAGAGGAUCUCGUCAAAAUGCCUGGAGAAUGCCCGGAAAUCUUUUGGUACAGAUGAAGAUCUUCUCCUGAUAAACUUGGAGAAUAUCAGGAACCAGAACCAAUUUUAGAACAGUUCUCAUCAUCAUCAUCAAAUCAAUUCUGUAUCAGAAUGAAUCCUGAGUGUUUUUUCUCCCAGAAGAACAUAAGGUGAAAAGUAUACGUCUAUUACAUAAACGUCUUUACAUACGAAGAAGAAGAAGAUAUAUACAUAUAUGUACAUGGAUCAUGAAUCAACUCAGUAUAGGCUUACAUUUUAUCAGAUUGUUUAUGUUUUGUGAGCAGUUCUUAUAUAUUUACUUUCUUGUACAAAUUUAUAAGAUUUGAUUGAUUCAAUUCAAGUGUUCGAGACUUCGAGUGA